AUGAAAAAUCCAUGUCAAGCAGAAAUGGUAAAACCAAAAGAUGCAGGCGAAAGGCAAGAAACACAGUGGAAUUUAAUCAAACAUGAUACAUCAACUAAAGUCUUUCGCACUUUACCAAAGGUCGUACUAGAUGAUACGUCAACCAAAGACUCUCAUAUUUUACCAAAGGACGUGAUAGGCGAUUCACGAAUCUACUGUACAGUUCCAAAUUUAAUAGAGAAAGGAUGGCGAGGAUUAGGAUGCAGGCGAGCACAAGGGAGACACACUGAAAUUAAUUGA